AAAACACUACUCUUGGUAUAAUUUUUAACUGAAUGGAUUAAGGAACAAAUUUAUGGUAUAAAAAUUAAAAAUGGAUAAUUUUCGGCAAAGAUUGUGUUUUUCUGCGCCGACAGUUUCAGACAUUUUAAUGGAUAGCGAAAGAAAAAAUGAAUUUCAAGAUCUAACUACAUUUUUUGGUACAGAUGAACUAGGCAAUACGAUAAUAAUGAAUGUUAACCAAACAUAUAGUUUUAGUCAAUCACACUCUUUAGUAUACGUCCAAGAUCAGAGCGGCCUUGAGUUCAUUAAUAAAGAAACAGUUAAUGGAUCUUAUGAGUUUUCUAGUUGGAAAACUCCCAGUCUCCAAUUUCAGUGUAUAGUGCCGAUGCAAACAUGGAGAAUCGUCUUUAGUGGUUGUCUAAGAAAUUCCAAGAACCUUCGUCAUGUGAAAAUAAAUUUCUUAUGGAAGCCAUUCGGAUUUCCAGUGUACUGCAAUAAAGAAAAUACAUUUUUCAAACACGAAAUUGAUGAUACUGAUCCAAACAUCACUCAAAAUAUAUUGGGAUUCGAUCAAUUUGGUCAAAUAUCUGGCAUAAUGGUUGUAGAUGGAAAAAAAGAAUUAAUAAACAUGCGCGCAAUCAAAUUAAGACGUUGGAAUAUAGGAAUCGGUGACUCAUCAUUAUAUAUUGGAUUUAUAGAUAAUAGUAUUUGUUCAGUUCAAAAAUUAAAAGGGAUUACCUGUAGUGGUCAUUUUAAAAUUAAUUUAAAACACGAAAUACUCGCACCCAACAAUGGAAUGUGUUUAUUAGACGAAGAAAAAUGUAAAGCAUCAAUUACAAUACAACAUGAAGAUUUUAAUUUAAAUGAAAAUUUGAAAAUUCGAAACCCAAUUAUUAUGAACAAUGUAUCGAUUGAAACGAUUUUUGGAGAUUUCCCAAAGUCAAAAGGAAUACUUAUUUGUCUUAGAGAUACGCCGAAAAAUGAUGCAAAAAUAAAACGGGAACUGAUUCCUGAGACGGACCAUAACAAUUUAACUGUAAACUUAGAAUCGGAGUUAUGCAUGUUUAGCAAUAUUGUAGGGAACAAAGCAAAAUCUUUGUUUCUAUUAAAAAAAGCUAUAACCAAUGGUUCGAUCAUCGAUGCCAUUGUUCCGAAUGGUAUAUGUAUCACAACGACAGCGAUGAGAAACCAUAUUAACAAGAAUGAAGAUUUAUCGAUUGGUUUAAAAGACUUAAUCAAAAUAGCUACAGAAGAUAGCAAUUUUGAACAGUUGUCAAAUUACUGUCGACGAUUGCAAAAUCUUUGGCGAUCGUCAAAGAUAAGCGCUGAGUUACUGGAGGCGAUUUCGAACUACACUGUCGAACAUGGUAUAUACGCCAUCCGAUCGUCUGGAAUGUACGAAGACGACGAAUUCACAUCUUCGGCUGGCCAAUAUGUCACUGUGCUUGACUGCGCUGGUCAUUUGGACGACGUCGUAACGGCUGUUUUGGAAUGUUGGUCGUCGAAUUUCUCGACUCGAGCUCUAACAUACCGAAAAAAUAACGGACAACCUUUGAUGUGUGUUAUGGCCGUGAUUGUACAAGAACAAGUAACCGGGCAAGGUGUAGCGGGUGUCAUGUUCACCAGAGACCCAAACACCGGUGAUCCUGAAAAAAUCACCAUAGCAUUAAGUUAUGGCUUGGGUGAAAGUGUUGUCUCAGGAUCUGUCGAACCCAUAUCUAUCGUUAUUUCAAGGUCGCAAUUCACGACAGUCCAUGAGGAUCCUGUUACAAGGCUUUUUAAUUUCAAGAUGGAAAACAACGUAUGUCAUACAAAACCGUGUAUUUCCGAUGAUGUAUUGAAAAAGUUGGUCUACCUCUGCGUACAAAUAGAAAGUGUAUUUGGAUCACCUCAAGACAUUGAGUGGGUGAUUGUAGAGGAUCGCGUUUAUCUUCUCCAGUCCAGACCAAUCACGUCAAUAUUCGCUUGGACCAAUGACGAAAUCACGCGGGAAUUUGAUACACCAUUUACAUGCGACGACGUAGUCAUGUUUUACAACGUCAAAGAAGUCUAUCCCAACCCCAUGCAUCCGCUGUCGUUGACUUUGGAUUUCUUUUCGAUGUACCCGCUUUUCAAAUUAACUGUAAGAGAACCAACCGAAAUCUAUCGCAACAAACAGUUGUUUUACACCCAUUACAAUCUGUGUCUUAACGUUUGCCAAAUAUUUCAAGAUUUAGAACCUCAUAGCGUAUUUGUGAAAAUAAUCGAGUAUUCGAUAGCCGGGAAAUCCUUUUUAACGAAUGAUAUGUGGGAGAAAAUACUAUCGAAAAAUCGUAAUUCAGCAUUGAAAAAAAUUUUUAAAUCUAUUUCUACGCUCAAGGAUACAUUAUUCCUUGAAUCGCGGUUGGCUGAAACACAAAAAUUGAUUUGUAGUGUGAAUGUGGAACAAUCAGAUUCAUCUUUGAGUAUUUUAAGCAAAAUCAACAAUGUUUUGGAUAUUUUUGAAAAGGUCACUUUUUGUCACAUAGCCUCAAGCUCAAAUAACAUCGUGUCUCAUACUCUGCUGGCGAUUAUAGGACUUGAUUUCAAUAAAGACUCACCAACAGAAUCUCUAUCGAAUUUAGCGUCUUCAAUAAAUACACCGGAUAUAAUAAACGUUUCUAUUCUAACAGAUAUACAAGAUAUUGCCUGCGUUAUAUCUGAAAUGUCUAAUAAAGAAGAUUUCUGUAAUUUGCCUGUUGAAAACUGCUACGAUUGGUUGAAAUUAAAUUGUGAAAAAGGUUAUGAUAAAGUGCAAGAUUUUAUCAACAAAUAUGGCCAUCGUGGUGUACAAGAACUAGAUUUUGGUUCUGAAACCUGGUCAACCGAACCUAAUCGUUUGUUCUCGUGUCUACAGUCAUUGGUAUCGCUUGGCCAUCGUCAAUCUCCUGUGAAACCAAUAGAAAACCAUUCUAGUACGGUUCCUAGGGGAUAUAUUAAACAAAUGGUGUUCAAUUACUUAUUAAGGAAAUAUCGUCAGAGCAUUACAUACAGAGAACAAUCUAAAGAUAUGUUGGUUCAGAUCACACACAAGCUGAGAUUAGGCUAUCGAAAACUUGGCGAAAAUCUUGCAGCGGAUGGUAAAAUACCGGAUUGGAAACUAAUAUUUUUUAUGUCUCAGUUCGAAGCGAGAAAGAUCUGUGAAAAUAAUUACUGUCCUUUAAUCGUACAUAAAGCGCUGAAAAGACGAAAGUUAUGGCCUACAUUGUCCUCGUUGCAGUUCGACGAUGUGUGUUGUGGAUCACCGGUUCCUAAAAACUUAAUAGAUAAGGAAUCUAUAGACAGUUCGACACGAUUAAAAGGUUGCUGUGUAUUUCCUGGACGGGUAAAAAACCGGGCAUGUGUAUUAGAGCACAUCGAAGACACACGUUGUCUACGAUCAGGAGACAUUUUAAUCGUAAAAUCUGUUGACAUAGCUUGGUCACCAUAUUUUCCAAUUAUUUCCGGUUUGGUCACGGAGAUCGGUGGUAUAAUAUCUCACGGUGCUGUUGUCGCUAGAGAAUACGGUUUACCUUGUCUCGUCGGAGUGCAAAAUGCCAAAAAAUAUUUCAAAUCUGGUGAUAUGGUAAUUUUAGACUCUGAAAAAGGUUUCAUUAUUAAAGAUAACAUGACGAAUUGAUCAGAUUUAUCACAAUAAUAUAUAUUUAUAUCAAAUUUUUAAGUAAAAUAUAAAAUAAAUUGAGAACAAUACAAAAA